AUGCCGUUAAUUCUUCAAAUUUCCCGAGCCCUUCACUUCAGCUGCGCCAUUGUUGCUGUGGCCUUUGUUUCUGCCAUCGCACUUGUCAAUUUGGGAGCUGCCAAGGAUACUAAACGGAAACCUCGAGAUAUUUCUCGUCGCAAUCAUGUUCCUUAUAUCCUCUUGAUUUUGUCCUACGUCACCGAGGGCAUAUUCACAAUUUUGCAAAGGGGCGAAUCCGAAAUAAAAGAGGCCCGGACUUCUCAUCUUGUGGUGCUGAUUUCUACCUGGGCGUUCAUCUGGACUCAGCAAAAGACAUCCCGAUAUCUGACAUUGGGAACAUCACUCCUCACACUGGCAUUCGAGAUACCGCUGUUGAUUCUCACGGCUCUUUCCGACAAGAAGGGAGCUUAUUUCCCUUAUCAAGUAUCAUGCCAAGCCGUCAGACUUUUGCUUCUGCUGUUCCUUGCAGUACACCAACUCUACAGACGCAAUAUCGAGACCCGCAACUCUACAAGAAUGGAAGAGGAAACGCCAUUCCUUCAAGCCCAGUCCCCGGGCGGAACACUUGGUGUGCCUUCCUACGGAACCGAGGCCUCGAUUGCAACCUCUGCGUCCAGCGACUCCGAGGACGACACGAUCACCGAGGCAAGCGACUCUGAGGAUGACACCGCCAGCAUCAAGCGCCGCCGAGCAAAGAGGCUCAAGGAGACGGGAGGCUGGUGGGGAUAUCUCUCGGACUUUUCCAUACUUGUUCCAUUCUUCAUCCCAAAGAAGGACCGCAAAGUUCAAUUCUCCAUCCUGGUUUGUUUCUUUUGCAUCGCAGCGAACCGAAUCUUCAAUGUCAUGAUCCCUCGUCAACUGGGCAUUGCCGCUGAUGAGCUACUUGAGCACAAGGACCCUUUCAGGGCGCUGUUUAUCUGGUUUAUUCUGAGCCUCCUUUCUGUGGAGGGCCUCGUUGGACUGAUGGAGGAACUGGCCAAGAUCCCUAUCAAGCAGUUUUCCUACCGACAACUUACCAAUGCUGCAUUCGGCCAUGUUUUGUCUCUUUCCAUGGACUUUCACUCUGAUAGAGAUUCAGCGGAAGUCAUGAAGGCCAUUGAGCAGGGAGAGUCGCUCACUAACUUUCUCGAAAUACUCAUCAUCGACCUCCUACCUACGUUGGUGGAUGUGGCCAUCGCAUUUGGCCUCUUAUACUGGAAGUUCAACAUCUAUGUUUCCCUCGCUAUGGCUACAGCAAUAGCUGCAUAUAUCACUGUAGAGGUGAUAACUUCUAAAUGGAACAUCAACAACCGGCGCAAAUCCUCUCACACUCAGAGAGAAGAGGCACGUGUCAUGCACCAGGCCGUUCAAGGCUGGCAAACAGUUACCUACUUUAACAUGCUUGGAUUUGAGCGAGGGCGUUUCGGUCAAGCUGUUGAAAACAAGUUGGCUGCGGGUCGCGUCUGGGGCAAGAUGGAUGCCUACACUGAAAUGGUGUUGAACAUGAUGAUUCCCUCGACCUUUUUCGUCCUGGCGAGUCUUGUCAUUUACGAUAUUUCCCAGGGGCGGUCAACUCCGGGCGAUUUUGUCUUUUUGGUUCAGUACUGGGAAUACAUGAUCUGGCCGAUCAGACUCAUCUCGCAUAACUAUCGGAGUCUUGUGUCUGACAUGGUUGAUGCGGAACGUCUUCUCUACCUUCUCCGUACAAAACCAAGUGUUGUUGACAAGGAGGGUGCCACGGAUCUUGUCAACAUCCAAGGACACGUUGCGUUUGACCAUGUUCACUUCCACUACGAUGAAAGGAAGCCGACGAUUCGAGACCUUUCCUUCUCGGUUGCGCCUGGGCAGACGGUGGCAUUUGUUGGAGAGACUGGAGCUGGCAAGUCUUCUAUCAUGAAGCUACUCUUGCGAUUCUACGAUGUCAAAGAUGGAUCUAUUACCAUCGAUGGUCAUUACAUUCGCGACAUAACUCUGAGCUCUCUUCGAAACGCUCUUGGCGUUGUUCCGCAAGACCCAUUGCUGUUCAACGCGUCUAUUCUCGAAAACCUUCGGUAUGCCCGACCUACAGCGACAGACAAGGAGAUUCACGAAGCUUGCCGUGCUGCUGCCAUUCACGACAAGAUUCUUUCCUUUGCCGACGGAUACAACACCAAGGUGGGCGAACAGGGCGUGAAGCUGUCAGGAGGAGAGAUACAGAGACUAGCGAUUGCCCGAGUUUUCUUGAAAGACCCUCCCAUCCUAAUUCUGGACGAGGCAACGAGUGCGGUAGACACAAACACCGAGUCUAGCAUCCAGGGUGCGUUGGAUACACUGAGGCGGUCAAGAUCAACCUUUGUAAUCGCACAUAGGUUGUCAACCGUGGUCAACGCGGACCAAAUUCUGGUCAUUCAUGCGGGAGAGAUUGUCGAAUCUGGCACGCAUACUGAGUUGAUCUCGCGCGGAGGAAGGUAUACAGAGUUGUGGAAUAAGCAGGCUGGCAAGACACCAGCACUUGAAUGA